CAACGUUUCCUGGUGCACCAGCGCAAAAUGGCGAAUCACCUUCGCUUCGUUGCCCGGACAGUAAUGGUUCAGGAUGGAAACGUUGACGCUGCAUAUAAAGCUCUGAAUAGAGUGUUAUCGCUGGAUGGAAUCAUUGAAACCGUAAAGCGCAGGCGUUACUAUGAGAAGCCAUGCAGGCGGAGACAGAGGGAGAACUACGAGAACUGCAAGAGGAUCUACAACAUGGAGAUGGCACGCAAACUCUCGUUUGUCUCCAGAACGAACCGACAAGACCCAUGGCUGGGGUGUUGAUCAGCACUGAAGAUGAGCGAGAGAGAGAGGGGACACGAGUUUAAUUCGAAAAUGUAAAAAAAAAAAAAAAUUUCACUAUGUGGACUUGACUCACAAUCUGAAAUGAACCAUACAGCCUCCAAGCCUUUUCAUAACUAUUAAAUGUCUCUGAAAUGAA